AUGUUGAGCGAAAAUGGAUGGAAAGUGAUUUUGCUGGUGGUGGUAUCUGUUGCCGCCGUUGAACCGAGCCGGGCGCUUAGCAUAGUCUACCCAAAAACGUAUAAAAACGUUAUGUUCGUGCCAAAAAAUUAUUUACGCAGACCCAGAAGUCGACAGUCCCGGGUAAUAUUCUUGGAUGAAGACGAAAACAACCAACCGUUUGGCAAAGGAGAAAUAGACCUGACUCAAGACAAGAACUAUUCGAAGAUCAAAUUUGAUGAAUCGACGGAUUAUGAGUUUACAUCACCGGGUGAUGAAAAGAAGCUGGAGGAGCUGCCUUCAGGGAAUGAGAGGUUUUACGAGCCUUUGCCUAGAUAUCGUACUUAUCAAGGGUUUCCGCAGUAUUACCAUGGAAGAUUUGGCAGAACAUACGCCCCGAAUUUCUCCUUUGAUCCUUUUCCUAUUGGUCCUGUUGCCUCUUACGCCCCAGCGGGGCGGAACGGUUACUAUCCUGGCUGGAAGCCGAGGUCUCCUCGUGUAGUGUUCCCUUAUGCCACAGAAAAUGUAAAUUCAGUGCUUACGAACUCUCACGCAGGUCCAAUACAGGAUAAUGUUGUGUUUCGUGAACAAAGUUUCGGUUUGAAUGACGUUGGUGAUGAACAACAGCUCCAGGAUAUUGGGACGGGAUCUGGUGAUGGAUUCGCGGAGAGAGGUGAGUCGAUUGUUUUGGAGAAUACGAUGAAUUAG